UCCUCCCCUCCUCCGCUCCGCUUUCCCCUCCUCCUCCUCCCCUCCCCCGCUUCCCCAAUCAUCGCCCUCCUCCUCAUUCUCCUCCUGUUCCUCCUCUUCCGCGUCACUUCCUCUGCGCCAUGGCACGCGAGUGGCUGCUGACUUUUCUCCUCUUCAUUGUUUGCGGUACGAGCGAGGCGAAAUAUGCCCCUACAUGGGAUUCCUUAGACACACGUCCGCUGCCUCCUUGGUAUGACGGCGCCAAGGUGGGCAUCUUCCUGCACUGGGGUGUCUUCUCCGUGCCAUCCUUUGGCUCGGAGUGGUUCUGGGAGAACUGGCAGGGUAGACACGACUCUUCCUAUGUGGAUUUCAUGAACAAGAAUUUCCGUCCGAACUUCACGUACGCGGACUUCGCGCCGGCGUUCACGGCCGAGUUCUUCGAUCCCGAGGAGUGGGCGAGUGUGUUCAACGCCUCGGGUGCUCGCUACAUCGUCCUCACCAGCAAGCAUCACGAGGGCUUCACCCUGUGGCCCUCGCGCUACUCCUGGAACUGGAAUAGCCUCGACGUCGGACCCAAGAGGGACUUAGUAGGAGACCUGGCAAAGGCCGUCCGCUCGAAGACCCCGCACAUCCACUUCGGCCUAUACCACUCCCUCUUCGAGUGGUUCAACCCCUUGUACCUACAGGAUGAAGCCAGCAAGUUUACCACCAACGAUUUUGUGACGCGGAAGACCAUGCCGGAACUGUAUGAGCUGGUGAACACUUACAAGCCCGAAGUAAUUUGGUCGGACGGCGAUUGGGAGGCGCACGACACGUACUGGAUGUCAACGGAGUUCCUGGCCUGGCUCUUCAAUGACUCCCCCGUCAAGGACACGGUAGUCGUCAAUGACCGUUGGGGGAUGGGCAUCCACUGCCACCAUGGAUCCUUCUACACGUGCAGGGACCGGUAUAAUCCGGGUGUGCUUCAGCCCCAUAAGUGGGAGAACGCCAUGACUCUGGACAAGAAGUCGUGGGGCUACCGCCGUAAUGCUCCUGUGGGCGAUUACCUUUCCAUUCACGACCUCAUCACGACUCUCGCUCAGACCAUCAGCUGCGGUGGCAACUUGCUAGUCAACGUGGGUCCCACGCACGAGGGGCGUCUCCCUGUCAUCAUGGAGGAGCGCCUUCGGCAACUCGGCUCGUGGCUCGAUGUCAACGGCCAGGCUGUGUACGACUCCGUUCCCUGGAAGCAUCAGAAUGACACGCUCACGCCUGGAGUUUGGUACACAAGCAAAGAUGACCUGGUUUAUGGGAUAGUGCUGACCUGGCCCAAACAAAACAAACUGACCCUCGGUGCCGUGACCUCGGCCAAGGACGUGAAGCUGCUGGGCUACAACGAUCCCCAACUUCCUGUUCUUCAGGUAAAGUCUGUAGGGGCAGGAAUUCAGGUGACUUUCCCGCCCAUGUCGGAAGUAUCGAGCCAGUGGGCGUGGGUGCUGGUCAUGUCGGCCGUGACGCCGGCCUAGACGAUUCCUUCUGCGUCUGGAUGAAAAGGCCUCUCCAUGUGGCAGUCUUAAGGAUUUCAUAUCGUGUAUCGCUAUGAGGAGGCGUGCGAUGCAGUGAAGACAAAUUGGUUAUCAUUAUUUUUUAUUAUUCAAUAUCGGCUGGUUAAUAUUAAUUUUCAUUGUGGAAACAAUGUUAUCUGAUUCAAGGAGACGAAUUAAAUUGUUGAGGGAAAAUAAAAAUAGGAAAGAAAAA